AGGUUGGACGCGCUGCUUGUUUUGAGGACAGAGUCCAGCGCGGGGACACGGCGUUUACCAGAACUGUCGUUUUUAUCUUAACUCUUCACUGAAACGCAAAUAGCUGAGUCAGUGUCAUGGCAGCCAGCAUCAUGUCGGCGUGCUGUCGAGCGUCUCUUCUCUACCUCUUCACUUGUUUCCUUCAGGUUCUCAUCCAAGGACAAGUGUUCCAGGACGGUCAGAAGCGUUCCGUGUUCCUGCGCUCGAAACGGGCCAACUCGUUCCUGGUGGAGGAGAUCCUGCAGGGGAACCUGGAGCGGGAAUGUUACGAGGAGAUCUGCAACCACGAGGAGGCGCGAGAGUACUUUGAGGACACGGCCAAGACGGAGGCCUUCUGGACGGUUUACUUUGAUGGGGACCAGUGCCUUCCUGACCCCUGUCUUCACGGAGGGAACUGCACCGAUAGAGUGGGCGGGUUCAACUGCUCCUGCCCCGCCCCUUACUACGGACCAGUCUGUGAACUGGGAGCACUGGGAGAGGGCGGACAGCCGUCGCCUGCACCGCAGGGCUCCGCUGCAGAAUCUGCAGAGUGUCCGACGGACGGGCCGACGGCGUGCCACCAGCUGUGCGCGGCGUCCUAUCAGUCCUUCAGCUGCUCCUGCCUGCCGGGCUUCAAACUGCAGAAGGACGGGCGGAGCUGCCUGCCUGAAGUGGAGUUCCCCUGCGGACGACUUCCUGAGCGCUUCAACUCCUCCGCUUCAGCGUGGCCCUGGCAGGUGACCCUGCUGGACAGCAGAGGGGCGGAGCUCUGUGGCGGCGUGGUGCUGGGCCGGCGCUCUGUCCUGACCGCUGCCCGCUGCCUCAUCCCGGACUCGGGGUCCGACCUCCGACCUUCCGAUGUCUUCGUGGUCGCCGGCGACGACGAUGACCUGGUGGUCGUCCCUGUGCGGGCAGUCCACGUCCAUGACCGUUUCCGUCCAGGUCACCAUGACAACGACCUGGCCCUUCUGGAGCUGGUCGGCCCCCUGCGCUUUGGCCCCACCCUCCGCCACCUCUGCUUGCCCACCAAGGACUUCUGCGAAAACAUCCUGAUGCAUUCUGGGACGACGGGUGCGGCGGGGCGGACCCGGGACCUGGUCUACAUGACGCUGGACGAGUGCCGCGCUCAGCUUAACGUCUCGCACCCGCUCAGCAACAAAAUGUUCUGCAUGAGGCGGCAGAACAGCGUCCAGGGGAGCCCAAACGGACACACAGCGUAUCAAAACCGGAGCGGCGCCCGAGAGACGCCAAACAGAGCAGAAAACUACCACAGCAGCAGGUCCGAGCCCUCAGUCAGCGCCCGGCCAUGUGGUGGCCUGUUGCCAGGGACGCCGGUCGCCACGGAGGAGCGUGGGACGGCAUACGUGACCGGGCUGCUGAUGUCGUCGUCCUCGGGCUGCCAGGACGGCACCGGCGGUCUGGUGUUCACCAAACUGUCCCGCUACCUAAGCUGGAUCAGACCAAGGCUGGAGGAGGCCAAAGAUCACAUGACCCCACAAGUCAACCAGUACCCCGAGAGACGCUGAGCCGCCGCCAUUGUUCAGCUGCCGCCGCCAUCGUUCAGCCGCCGCCGCCAUCGUUCAGCCGCGUACAGAAUCGUCAGAGUUCAGGAGUGAAAAUGUGGUUUCUGCGUCUCAGUUUCUUCAUCUGUGGUUUGUUGUGUUUUAUUUUAAUUUUAACAUUAUUUCUGUUUCUGAGACAAACGGGAGAAAUCUAAUGUGACGCUGACCUUUGACCUUUUGAAGAUAAAACGUCAUUAUUUUGUCCUGUCAGACGCUUGUGUAAAGUUCUGUCAAAGUUAAGGUGUGAGGUCAGCGACCUUCAACCUUUGACCAUCAAAAUUAAUCAGUUCAUUGUAAAGACGAAGUGGACGUUUGUGCCAAAUUUUAAUAAAUUGUCUGUAGGUGUUCUUUAUAUAUUUUUACUGUUUGAAGUGAGCAGAUUUACAAAGAUAAAGACUCCAGUACCCACAAUGCACCAUCCAUAGCUCGAGAACUUACGUUAAUGAUGAGAAUAAAGAGUUGAAGACGCUGUACAAACCAG